CCGUGAGGGCAGAAUGCUGGGCAUGUACGUGCCGGACAGGUUUGCCCUGAAGUCAUCUCACAUUCAAGACGGGAUGGGGCUCUUUACGGCCCGGAGAGUGAAAAAGGGUGAAAAAUUUGGACCGUUUGCAGGAGAGAAGAGAAUGCCUCAAGAGCUAGAUGAAAACACCGACUGCAGGCUGAUGUGGGAGGUGCGUGGGAAUAAAGGUGAGGUGCUUUAUGUCCUGGAUGCCAGCAAUCCAAGGCAUUCUAACUGGCUACGUUUUGUACACGAAGCACCAUCUCAGGAGCAGAAGAACUUGGCUGCUAUCCAGGAAGGAGAAAACAUUUUCUAUCUAGCUGUUGAGGAUAUUGAAACAGAUACAGAACUGCUGAUUGGUUACCUUGACAGUGACAUGGAAGAGGUAGAGGAAGAGGAGGAGGAAGUAAUUAUUAACCAGGAAGAAGAUGACAGCAACAACAAUAGUAAUAGCAGCCAUAAGGAACUGCAACAAAUUAAUGAAAAAGAUUCUCUUAGCUCUAAAGAGGACCAUGCUUGUCCCAACUGUGAAUCCAGUUUUGCCAGCCAGGAAAUUUUAGCUGAACACCUUCAGACAUUGCACCAAAAGCCCAGCGAAGAAAAGGAAUUCAAAUGCAGGAAUUGUGGAAAGAAAUUCCCAGUUAAGCAAGCUUUGCAGAGGCAUGUUCUCCAGUGCACAGAGAAUGUCCACCCAGGAGAUCGAUUGCGAAGUUUUCAGUGUUCUGUUUGCAGCGCGCCCUUCAGCUCAGAAUCGAGCUAUGAGCAACACAAAGAAGCAUGUCGAGGUGAUGCCAGGUUCAUAUGCAAGGCUGAUAGCUGUGGGAAGAGGUUCAAGAGUAAGGACGCCCUGAAAAAGCACAAGGAAAAUGUUCACACUGGAAACUCUAGGAAGAGGCUGAUGUGCUCUGUGUGCAAUAAGAGGUGUUCUUCAGCAACAAAUCUUCAAGAGCAUCGGAAGGUUCAUGAGAUCUUUGAGUGUCAGGAAUGUGACAAGAAAUUCAUUUCAGCUAACCAGCUAAAACGCCAUAUGAUAACUCAUUCAGAAAAACGCCCCUACACCUGCGAGGUUUGCAAUAAGUCCUUCAAACGACUUGAUCAAGUGACUGCACACAAAAUAAUACACAGUGAAGAUAAACCCUAUAAAUGCAAGCUUUGUGGAAAGGGAUUUGCCCACAGAAAUGUUUACAAGAAUCACAAGAAGACCCAUUCUGAAGAGAGACCCUUUCAAUGUGAGGAAUGCAAAGCAUUGUUCCGAACCCCAUUUUCUCUGCAGAGACACCUUCUAAUACAUAACAGUGAAAGAACCUUUAAAUGUGAUCACUGUGAUGCGACGUUCAAAAGGAAGGACACACUGAAUGUUCACAUACAAGUUGUUCACGAUGGCCAUAAGAAAUAUAAAUGUGAUUUGUGUGACAAAGCCUUUGUGACACCAUCUGUGCUUAAGAGCCAUAAAAAAACUCAUACAGGUGAAAAGGAGAAAAUUUGUCCUUACUGUGGGCAGAAGUUUGCAAGUAAUGGAACACUGAGAGUCCAUAUUCGAAGCCAUACAGGUGAACGUCCUUACCAGUGUCCUUAUUGUGACAAAGCUUUCAGCAAGAAUGAUGGAUUAAAAAUGCACAUUCGUACCCACACAAGGGAAAAGCCUUACCAGUGUUCCGAGUGCAACAAGGCCUUCAGUCAGAAACGCGGUCUGGAUGAGCACAUGAGGACCCACACAGGGGAGAAACCAUUCCAGUGUGAUGUUUGUGACUUAUCAUUCAGCCUGAAGAAAAUGCUGAUCCGGCACAAGCUGACUCACAAUCCCAACCGCCCCAUGGCUGAGUGCCAGCUAUGCCACAAAAAGUUUACAAGAAACGACUACCUCAAAGUGCAUAUGGAAAAUGUCCAUGGAGAAACUGACAGCUAACUUUGGCUUCUGCAAGAGAAGUGCCUCGUGUUCCCUUUUGAGACAUAUAAAUACCAGAUUUCGCACCUGAUUGGUGAACACAAGACACAAAACAACACCUUUGUGUUCACAUAAUCACUUUUUUCAUGUUGCCUUGUAUUUUUGUUCAGACUUCAAAAUGUCUAUGAAAUUAAAUGAGGUUAGAAUUGAAAUGAUUAAAGUUAAGGGUAAAUUUACAAGAUCAGUUUAGAUGGACAAAUUGUCAUUAAAAUCUGUCCUCAACCUGUCGUCGUUAAGAUUCCUUUCUGGAUAUGCCGCCCCCCAUGUGAUGAAAUCAAUCGCUAACUUAAGCUGCAGCCUUUAGUGCAUUUAGGGUCAAAACAGGCAUUCUUUAAAUAGGUAGCAUGCAGGUACAAAUCCCAAUAACAAAGCUUUUUGUUGGCAUUCUGGCCAUGUAUGUUUG